AUUUUAUUUUUCUACAUUAUUUUUUAUGCGGCGUUAACUGGAUUCUUCGCUGCCAUGUUGGCUGUGUUUUAUCAAACACUUCAGGUGGAUAAACCCAAGUGGACAAUGAACGAUGGGUUAAUUGGUUCGAAUCCAGGUCUCGGCUUUCGACCAAUGCCCCCAGAGGCAAAUGUUGAGAGUACUUUAAUCUGGUAUGAGAAAUCGAGACCCGAAAAUUAUAAAUACUGGGUUGAUGAAACUGCAACAUUCCUUCAAUCCUAUGAAAAUCUACCCAAGCAUAAUCAAAUGAAUUGUUCAUUUGAAAAUCCACCAACACAGGGCAAGGUAUGCGCUUUUGAUCCAAAUGCUUUUGCUCCAUGCACAAAGGAGAACAAUUUCGGUUAUCAUCAGGCCAGGCCAUGCAUAUUCCUCAAGUUGAACAAGAUUUAUAACUGGGAACCGGCUCUGUACAACUCUUCGAAAUCUCUGCCAGACCACAUGCCUGUCGAACUGAAAAAUCAUAUUACAGAAAAGGAAAGCUUGCGGCCAAAUCAGACCAAUGUCGUUUGGAUCUCGUGCGAAGGUGAAAAUCCUGCUGAUGUGGAAAAUAUUAAAUCACGUGAUUACUAUCCACGCAUGGGUUUCCCCGGCUACUAUUUCCCAUUCAAAAAUAUCGAAGGCUAUGUACAGCCAAUCGUUGCCGUACAAUUCACCGUUGAAACCGGCGUUUUGAUCAACAUUGAAUGCAAAGCAUGGGCCAACAACAUUUUCCACGAUCGCCACGAAAGGAGAGGAUCCGUCCACUUCGAGUUGAUGGUUGAUUAAGAAAUAGCGCGGAGCCAAUAAGUGAACGAAGCACAUAAAAAAAUAAAUUAAUAAAACCAUAACAAAACCAAAAAACAAAAAAAAAUAUAGAAAAUUAUAAUAAAAACAAGGAAAAUACUUUGCAAGAGAAGUAAGAAAUACAACAGAAAAUAAGAAAAUCUUCAGAUAAAACAAUAACAGAAACAGUAGCAAAAUUAAGUAAACGAACAUGCAAGGAAGAGAUAAAACAGAGAAGAGUGAGUGAGAGGAAGUAUGUAAAGCAGGGUAAUGAAAGUAAAGAAGUACAGAGGUUAGAUGGAGGGUGAGAUAGGGAGAGAAAGAGGAAAAGAGCAAAAGGAAGGGGUAGACGUAACAGCAGGGUUGAAAGCAAAGAAGGAAUGCAUGAAAAAAUACAGCAACAACCAAAGACAAGAACGACAAGCCGUAACUAAAUAAAUAAAGAGCAAAUUUAGCGGCAAGCAGUGAGAAAGAACCACAACAACAACAGCUAAAUGAAUGAUUCAAAAUUAAAUGCAUUAAAAAUGUCAGCAAAAUAGUAAGCAAACAAAAUUUAUAGUAAAAUAAAAAAAGCUAAAUACAUAUUUAUUUUGCGAACGAAGAGAAAAUACACAAAAUAAAUUCAAAGAACAUAACCAAGAAAAAUAAGCAAAAUAGAGCGAGAGCAAACCAAAUUUUGAAUAAAUAAAACUAAAUAUAUAAAUAAAUGACAAAAAAAAUAAGACAAAAAGCGUAACAAGGCAUAAUUUAAUACCUACAUAUGUACAUAUGUACAUACGUACUCGUAUAUAUACAUAUGUAUGUAUAUACAUUAAUUUUUGAAAAAAAUAGUAAAAAAGGCAAAAAACACAAAAAAUAUAAACCAAAUGCAAAACAAAACACUGCAGCAACAGAGAAACAAAAACAAACAUAUUUUUUAAAUUCUGUAAAUUUCAUUUACGUAAGAGAUGAAAAAGAAUAAUAAAUACACUUUAUUGUAGGAAAAAAAUUUAAUUAUGUAGUUAAAAAUUGUUUGCUUUAGAAAGCGAAAAAAUGCGCUUAAAAAUUUUGAUAAUAACUCAAAAAGGCUUUUUUCGUGCUUAUUUCCUUUACUUUAAACGCUUACUUAACUGAGAGAAAGAAAACCAAAAGCAAGCCGAAGUUUUUUGAAAAUUAGUAGAAUUUAAUUAUUGAGAAUAUUUAUUAGGAUUUGUUGAUAUUUUUGAAUAGUGAAAGCAAGUUGAGUAAGAAAAUUAUUACUAUAAUUCAAAAAUAAAAAUAAAAGUAAAAUAAAAUAAAAUGUAAAAGCGAAAAAGAAAUAACGAAAAUCAGCGCAGCGAAAAAAGAAGAAAACAAAAACACAAGAAGCAAAUAAACAACAAACAACAAACAAUACAUUACAACAAAAGCAAAAACCAAAAAUUUAUUACAUUACAGUAAAAACAAAAUACAGUUAUGUAUAUGUAUUUAAAAAAAAAAACAUAAAAAUACAAAACAAAAAACUUCUAGGCGAUUUGUAAGUAGCUAUGUAUGUAAGACGCAAAGCGAAGCAAAAAGAUUAGUAGCAAAACAAAUGAAGAAGCAAGCAGCCACUAACAAUAAAAAAAUAUUCAGAGCAAAUAUAAUUUCAAACAAACUACACACUACAUGCAAAAAAAAGUUAAACCGAAAAUACACACAGCCAUAGAAAAUGUCACUUGUCACAAAAAAAAGUUAUGAAAGCGAAACUAGGCUACGCGCUUUAAGACAGUGAGCGCGCAAGAUAUGCAUGUUUGUUUAGAAAAAAAAACUUCAAUCCCCAAUGCAAAUUUUUACUGAAAAAAAUCGCAUGUGAAAAAUUUGUAAAUUUUUUUAUUGGUAAGCGAAGAAGUGCAACUUGACAUGCCCACAAAUACAUGCAUGCAUACAUACAAAUAAAGCAAAUAAAAUGUAUUGAUUAGGGUGGUGCUUAAAAUAUCGACCUCAAAAUGGGAUACACCCUUUUUUGUGCUACUUACAAAAUAAAAACAUAUACGAAAAUCUCAAGUAUUAAAAAACAAACUUAGGUGUCGAUAAAAUUAGAAUUUUUUUUUUGAAUUCGCAAAAAUUCAACAAGAUUUGUACUGGAAACCUGAUAAAUUUGACAGAUUUUUUAUUGAAACUUAUUCAUAUAAAGUCAUAAGUUGGCUGAGCUAUAGCCAAAGUCAAAAUUUUGGGGAUUUUUUGCGAUUUAAAAAAAAAAAUUAAAAAUUUUAAAACCCUGGUAGCGACCCUAAAUUUUAUUAAAUUUCUUUUUAAUUUUCGUGGAUAUUUUCAGUUUUUACGUAAACCAAAAUAAGAGAGUGAGUGCGCCAUGAUGUCGAUCUAUCAGGGACUACCCUAAUAUGCAUGUACAUAUGCAUAAGUUUGUAAAACCACGCCCCUCAUCCCCCUGUCCCACAUUCAUAUAAAGCUAAACAAUACAAACAUAAAGUGACAGCCACAGCAAUUUACAUAUAACACCAUACACCCACACACAUACAUCAACCAAAAUAUAAUACAUAUUUAUGAACGUACACACGCAUGCGCUGUAAAUGCUGUUUGGUGUCUCAGUGCAAGUUAAAUUUAUAAAAACUAAAUUAUUAUUAGUAUUUAAACUAAAAUGAGAAGAAAAAAGAUAUGCAAAGAAAAAA